AUGGACGGGUCUCUCGUGGCAUUGGUGCCACCUCCACCUGGCCAGGUCGCAAACCUGGUCAACCCUCCGAGUAUCGGGUACAAAGUCAUUAUUGCCAAUGCCGUCGUUCUCACCUUCUCAACGAUUGUGACAGGCGCCCGAUUGUUCACGCGAAUAUUCAUAGUCAAAGAUAUAGGUUUCGGUGACUACUUUCUGGUAGCAGCAUGGGUAUUUUCCGUGGGAGCUGCUAGCUUGACCUGCCUUAACACGAGAUUUGGACUUGGUAUCCAUCUCUGGAAUGUACCUGCUUCUACUAGUCCAAACUGGCUUAAGGUCAACUGGGCCGCCAUUUUCUUUUACUACGUCGUAAUGAUGCUAGUGAAGAUGUCUCUCCUCACGCUAUAUCUCCGCCUCAGCCCUAACAAAAGAUUUCGACUAUGGGUGUGGGCAAUUAUGGCCUUUGUGAUAGCGAGCAGUAUUGGGGCAAUCUUUACCAAUUUAUUCGCAUGCAAGCCACUGGCACUUGUAUGGAAUAAGUCGCUACCUGGGUCAUGUAUAGAUCCUCCGACUUUUCUCCUAGUAACAGGUUGUAUUAAUGUCUUGACUGAUUUCCUUAUGAUCCUCUUGCCAAUAAUAUUACUAUGGACAAUACAAAUGCGGCGAAAGCAAAAGAUUGCUGUAAUUGCUAUACUUAUGUUGGGAUCUUCUGUCUGUGUAAUGAGCAUUGUUCGACUCCGAUAUGCAACUGUUGCAGCUGCUAGAGCCUCUGAUAUAACAUACACAGGGGUUAAUCUAUGGAUAUGGUCUGAUCUGGAACUGCACACUGCAGUCCUAUGCGCUAACUUGCCUCUUCUCAAACCAUUCAUUCGCUGCUACUUUCCUGUGCUCUUUUCUGAACCUUCGAUGCCCUUCUAUAAUAUCCCUGACCCUGGAGCAAGUGGCAGAAAUUGUCGCUCAGUCAACGCCGCCGCAGCUGGCAAUCAAAUAACUCUACAAAACAUGGAUCACAUCGGGAGGGCGACGAGUGACAAAGAUAAUCACACAGCUGUUGGCUGGCAAGACACGGAAAGUCAGGAAGCUAUUCCCAUUAUAGCAAAAGACGACGUUCAUAUCGCGAUUAAGCCGGCUCUAACAUCUAACAUCCAGGGAAUCAGAGCGAAGGGGUGA